GAUACAUUAGAUGACUGAGAACUUUCAGUGUCAGAAUCUUGUAUGAAAAUAAAAAGACAACGGUUACAUUCAUGUAAUUAACAUUAUAAAACUUAUCUCACCUAUUAAAGAGGGCUGUUUCCGUUUCCGUCUUUGCAUUAUUAGAUUAAAUUCAACACAAUCAAGUCAAUUUUUCACUCAAAAAUCAAUUUAUUUUAAUGUUUAUGUUAAAUUAUCUCAACUGGAAAUUAAAUUCAAGAUCCGUUUAAGAUAAUUUUAUCUCAGUGUUUAUCAAACUCUUAUCAAAAUGUCCAGUUAUGAUAAGAGAUACAAAUUUUUAAAGUUUUUUCGAGAUUCCAUGCAUGAAUCAUCUUCUGACAGUGAAAACUCAGUGCAAGAAAAUGACUACCAGGAAGAUUUAUCAUUUAAUUGUGCAAGUUCAGACCAUGAUCAUGAAUGUAAUUCAUUAUUUGAUGAUGAAGUUGAAUUAAAUGAGACACCUGUCAACGAAUUGAAAGAUAAAGUCGUUUAUGUGACAAUUAUGAAAAUAUUAAUGACUUCAGGAUUAUCAGCUAAAAAACGUGAAACUAUUUAUCAACUAAUACGCUUCGUUGAGAAAUCACAAAUGGAAAAAGAAUUACCGAAAACAUUCAAAAAGUUACGCAAAGUUAUAGAUGUGGAGCCAAUGGAUUACUUGUGUAAGAAAUUUUGCUCAAAGGAAAAUGACUUCAUAGAAAAUGAUGAAGAUUCAUGUAUGGAAACACAUGGUGAUUUAUUCGUUUUCAAUAUGAAAAAAACUUUAGAGCUCCUUCUCAGAAGAAAUUAUGAAAUUCUACAGAGUGUUUCAUGUAUGAAACAACCAUUUACCCAAUCUGAUUUCUAUCGAAAGCUAUGGUCUGACUUUGAGGAAGAUGUUGAUUUUAAAGUAACACUUAUCAUCAACAAUGAUGAUGCACGAUUAACUAAAUCAACUAAGACGUUCAUCACACCUUUGUCUUUUCAAUUGGCUGAACUUCCAAUGAAACAUAGAUGUAACUCAAGAAACAUUGGUCUUUCUGCUUUCUGGUGUGGCGAAGCUAAAAUUUCACAUGAACAACUUUGGCAACACGGUUUCAUGCAUGAAUUGCAAGGUUUAUUAGACAGAGUUAAUCAUUUCAUGUACGAGCAAUUAGAGUACACAUAUGCAGUAAAAGUGGGCCUGAUAGUAAUGGAUAGUGUAGCGAAAGCCAAAUCGCUAAAUAUAAAACAAUUCAAUGGCUUUUUUGGCUGUCCAUAUUGCUUUGAGCCUGGAAAGACUGUCAUAAUCAAUGAUAGAUCACGUAAACAUGUUUAUCCAUAUAAAGAUCCGUCUGAAUUCAUUAUGAGAACUCAUGAUUCAUACAUGACUAAUGCAAGAAAAGCGGUUAGACAUAAUCGUCCAGUUAAAGGAAUCAAAGGCCCUACAAUCCUUACGCGAGUAAUUGACUUGCCAUCCCAGGUACCCAUCGAUUGGAUGCACUGUGUUUUACUAGGAGUUUUUAAGCAACUUCUAUCAACCAAGCCGUUCUGCGACAAAAAAGUAAUUGAAAACACUUCGAGAAAACUCAAAAGUAUAAAUUUCCCGCAUGAUUUUAAGCGAAAACCUGAUACCUUGUAUGAAUUGAAGCUGUUUAAAGCAAGUGUGUUCAAAAUAUGGCUUUUUCUCUUACCACCAUUGUUCAAACAUGAAUUAUCGUCCGAAUAUUUAAUUCUCUUAUUGACUCUUUCAGUUGGAGUAAAAACACUUUGCAAAGAAAGAGUCAAUCUGCAUGAUAUCAGGCUUUCUCACACACUUCUCAAUGCUUACAUUUUGACACACCAAGAAGUCUUUUCACUUUCAUCUAUGAAUCCCAAUCUUCAUUUCUUGCAACAUUUAUCAUCCAUGGCUGCAGAAUUAGGGCCAAUCACAAAUUUUUCUGCGUUUCCAUUUGAAGGAUUCAUAUAUGAAUUGAAAAAACCAAUAAAUGGGACUAGAGGAUUCGGUCAACAAAUAGUAAAUGCAUAUAUAGAUCAGAAGCAAAGAGAACAUUUUGAUUCAUACAUGGAAUUUAACAGUAGCAAAAUUCCAGAAAGUCUUCAUAGAAGAAUCACAGGUUAUUCAUGUUUGAUAGAUGAAUUGACUCAAUAUACAGAAAAUGAUCAAAUGAGGAUAAGACUGCUGAAUUCGAGAGAUAUUUCACCUACACAAAGUAAUAUCUAUUAUACCACGAGUAGAUUAAGGUAUAAAAAUUGUGUUUAUCAUGCUCGAGAUUACAAGAAAAAAAGAAAAUCAGCUAGUUUUAUUGUAUCUUUCACGGAUGAACAUGAUCAAAAACAGUUUGGAACAAUCGAAAAAUUUAUCAUUUCUGAUAAUGAUUCAAUUAACCUCAGUGACUGCUUUGCUAUUGUGAAAACAUACAAAAAACAUAAGCGACCGAGUUUAACAACAUCUGAAAAUCCAUCGUCCGCUCUAUUAACUUCAAUUAUCCCUACAUUGUCAGACAUGUACCCUCUUGUUUCUUCUCAAGAAAUUACCAAUGUAAUACAUGUUUGCCAAAUUAAUUGUAAAAUCAUUUUAAUUCCAGUCACUGAUCAGCCGAAUAAUUUUUGGGUGUCAGAAAUCGAUUUCAAUUUUGAGCAUAAUUAAAAGCUACUUCUCAUUCAUGAAUUCCAAGUUUUCCUUGAACUAUUUUACCUUCAACGCGUAUGUGUAAGCUUGAAAAUUGUACAUUUCUAUUCUUUUUCAUAUAUGAAUUUCUACAGAAUUGUGAGGAAAAAUACAUGAAAGAUUGAAAAAUUUUCAAAGCAUUAAACUCAAUUCAAAUCCCGUUUCAUAUUAUGUAUCAAGCAUUCAGAAAUGUGUCUUAAUACGUUAAUAUUCAAACGGCGUUUAAUGUGACUUUCUG